UCAUUUCCCGGACGGACAGUAACAGGGUAUUUAGCAGCUCGCAGCAGCCGCUAAUUAAUCCUCCGUCUCCUCCCAGUAGCAUGAAAACCAUGAUGACCAUCAUCUCCAACGCUCUUUGUCGCAUCACGGGCAGGAAUGUGGGAGCUCAGACAGUGUCGGAGUUGCUGAUUGACCUGUCAGAGUACGUCAGUGUAACCUCGCCGUCGUCGCCCGACUUGGCAAAGACCCGGUGGCAACCCCCCGAGCCACCACCAGUCAGUACUAGAGCGACUGUGGAAGAGUUAGUUAGCCCCCAGAGCGACCAGCUAGACGCACCAGGUGCCAGAGUUGUGGUCUCACGCUCCUUCGCUGACUUCGCCACUCAGGCGACCUUUGACAUCAAGAAAUGCGACCUGCACCGUCUGGAGGAGGGGCCCCCGGUGGAGGCGGAGCUGACCCGGGAGCAGGGGCUGCAGUAUUACCGCACCAUGCAGACUGUGAGACGCAUGGAGCUCAAAGCCGACCAGCUGUACAAGCAGAAGAUCAUCAGAGGCUUCUGUCACCUGUACGACGGACAGGAAGCGUGUGCCGUUGGCAUCGAGGCGGCCGUCACGCCCUCUGAUCACCUGAUCACAGCCUACCGCGCCCACGGGUACACGUACACCCGCGGUGUGGCUGUCAAAGAGAUCCUGGCAGAGCUCACGGGUCGACAAGGGGGCGUGGCCAAAGGCAAAGGCGGCUCAAUGCACAUGUACGCUCCACAUUUCUACGGAGGCAACGGCAUCGUGGGAGCUCAGGUUCCUCUGGGAGCCGGCAUCGCUCUGGCCUGUCAGUACCAAGGCAACAAGCAGGUCUGUGUGACGCUCUACGGAGAUGGAGCAGCCAAUCAGGGUCAGAUCUUCGAGACGUUCAACAUGGCCUCCUUGUGGAAGCUGCCGUGUAUCUUCGUCUGCGAGAACAACAAGUACGGCAUGGGCACGUCGGUGGAGAGAGCUGCAGCCAGCACCGACUACUACAAGAGAGGAGACUUCAUACCAGGAAUCAGAGUGGAUGGGAUGGAUGUCCUGUGUGUCAGAGAGGCCACCAAGUUCGCUGCAGAUCACUGCAGGUCUGGAAAGGGUCCGAUCAUCAUGGAGCUGCAGACCUACCGUUAUCAUGGACACAGCAUGAGUGACCCUGGGGUCAGCUACCGCAGCCGGGACGAGAUCCAGGAGGUCCGCAGUAAGAGCGACCCCAUCUCCAUGCUGAAGGAGCGCAUGCUCACCAACAACAUGGCGUCUGCUGAGGAGUUCAAGGAAAUUGACCUUGCGAUCCGGAAGGAGGUGGAGGACGCCGCUCUGUUCGCCACGUCAGACCCAGAGCCGCCACUAGAGGAGCUCUGCAACCACAUCUUCCACAACAGCCCCCCCCUGGAGGUCCGCGGGACAAACCCCUGGUCCAAACUCAAGUCCAUCAGCUAGACCCCCCCCAACAAAAACAGUCUGACCUUCAGGGGUAGAACCUCCUCCCAGUGCUAAACGAGGCACUGCAGAGAAGCAUCCAGCCCCCCCGCCCUCCACCGUAGAGCUCAGCAUUCCGCACCUUAACGGGACCUCAAACCUCAGUGUUAUUUAUUUUUGAGUUUUACAUAGAAAUAUUUAAGAUUUGAAAGAUGUUCUUAGUGCACUGUGUGUACUUUUAAAGGUGACUACACAGAUAUUAAAUACUGCAGGAGCUAGUAUACGCACAGAAGUUACGCUUUAUGUUUUGAACUUUAGUUUUGUCAAUGUGAUAUAUAUGCGUUACAUAUUCUAUAUGUACAUACUGUGUGUAUCCAGCAUCUUUAGCUGCCUGGCUUGUACAUGUUCAGAAACAAAUCUAAUACUCGUCUGUCUUUGUCCUUUAAAGUUAUUUUAUUGUUUUUAAAAACUGCACUGGACAGGAAGCGCCACGAGGUUAAAGAUAUAUUUAUUGAGUUGAGUGAGAGUUUUAGGGAAAUUUAAAUUAUUGUUGAGCACUGAUGUCAGCCUGUAUUUAUUCCUCUUAUAUGCACUACAAUAUAUUUUCUGUUUCCAGGACAUGAGUUUUCCGAGUGUCUUUCCUCAUGUAAAGAAAAGCACUUGGUGCCAGAUGAUAUUUAUGUUACACUUUAUUUUUGGGGGAAUGAGACGGUUUUCAAAUGCAGCAGAAGAAAAUGUGUUUUCAGAUGUGAAGCUUUACUUGACCAUGGAUGAGUUUGAUGAACUGAGACUGUGAAAUAAAUGUUAAAAAAACUAACGAGUGGAAAUGUCUAUUUGUGUACAUAUUAAUAUCAGCUGCUAUAAAAAAGUAUAAUAAUUGAAUUGCUCUUGAAUUUUUUUUAAAUGUAUGUACAGCUGAGAUAUUUACUAUAAGAAGUGAUGUAGUUCAGGUUAUCAAGCAAUAUUACUAUGAAAUAUUCAAUAAAGACUAAAGAAGUAGACAAUGAACCAUCCGACUUGUGUUUUCUUCCUUCA